UUAUUACUUUUCAUCCUUUAACUGAUAAAUGUAUUUCUUAAAACAUAUACUCUUGAGAAACCAUGCUGCUGGUUUGAAAUGGUUGAAGCUGGUCUUAAAUUUGACAGUGGAUGCCAUAGAUGCGCUGUUCUUAGCACAAUUCACACACUAUGCAUCAUCUCCAUAUAGUAGUAACACACUAUGUAUUCUCCAUCACAAUCUUUGUCUUUUAUGCAUCCCCUGCAACUCCUAGCUAGAUUAUGUCCUAGCCAUAAUUAAAAGCCGUUAAACACAACCAAGCAAAAUGACCACUUCUUCAAUCAAAAAGGCCUCUAGUCAUCUCAAUCCUUGCAAUAGAAUGAGAUGUAGCCAUCUGUUGCAACAGUUGAUCUUUACAAAUGACUCAUGCAAAAGAACACUAAAGGCUAGGCCAAGAAAUGUUAUGUGAAGGAAAGAAUCAAGCAGCAAAUAAGAACCCAGAACUACUUACAAAGGCUAAAACUAAAACAAACCAUUUCAGAAAAAAAUAGAGAAGAAAGUACGCUAUAUUGAAAACGCCUAACCCCCUUCGAAAGCGGACAAUAACAGCCCAUAUGCCAACUCCAAUUGCCCCGUCUAUAGGUGUUUGAAUCCUUUAUAUAUAAAAAGGAGACUCCGAGCUACAAGAACGUGACAUUUGGCAGAGCUAAAGCGCGACAUGUGGCAGAGCUAAAACACGACACGUGGUAGAGUUGAUGUGUCACCCUUUUAGACAAAUCGGUCGGUCGAACCAGUCGGACCAGUUUUUUUUUUUUUUUGCAAUUUUUUUCCAAAAGCAUACCACCAUGGGGUUUGAACCCAAGAUCUCUUAGUCAAUUAGGUGAGUUCCUUACCAUCCAAGCUAGAGUGAUUUUUGUUACAAUUUCACUUAACAUUUUAUAAUAUUUCAUAAUUAAAAAAGGAUUGUAUAAAAAUUUCUUUUUAGUUAUAAACAAUAUAAUCCUUUAAUAUAAUAUUUGAGACUCCGUUUGCUAGAAAGUCGCCAAGUGUCAAGCUUCUGUGGGCUAUAUUAAGGUGAGAUCGCAAGCCUUUAUUGGUUGCUUAUGUGGCAAAUUUUAUUAAUGAUGAAUUGACCUUUCUUUUUAUUUUAAAAUAGAAAUUUAAUAUUGAUUUCAAAUUUUGGAAAAAUUUUACUUAAAAAGAUUUAGGACAAAUAAAGAAUUCAUUACUUCGUGACAUUAGUUGAGUUUUUAUAUUUUUUAUUUUUAAAAAGCAAUUCAUUUAUUUAUUUGUUAUGUUGUGAUAAAAUUAAUUAAUUAUGUUAUAAAAUCAAAUUUGUGAAAGAUAAAUAUAGUAUUGUCCGAAAUAAAAUUAUUAAAGGAAAAGCAAUUAUAUAAAAUAUAAUUUUAUGAUAAAACUUAUUAUGAUGUAGCAAAAAAUUAGUGAAAAUAUAAAAUUGAAAAUAAUAAGUUAAUACUAUGGUAUGAAGUCAUUUGGUACAAUUAAUUAUGGAAGAGAAUGGAUAUAUUCAUUUUUAUAAUAAAUUAUUUUCUAAUUAUGCAUAUUUUUCUAUUCAAUUAUUACAAAACUUCUAAGAUCUGGAGGCCGAGAAACGCGUGAAGAUUUGUGAAAAUUAAAAUUUAGAUGCAAGGAUAAUCAAUACUUUAAGGAGAACUACGAAGAAGAUCUAAUGUGCAGAAGUGAAUAAGAUUUAGGCUCAGCUACAACAUCAAAGAGAAAUAUAAUUUUUAAAUUGUAACUCUUUGUAUUUUAUAAAAAAUUAUGUAUUGACCAAAAUACUUUCACACACUUAAAUGAUUUUAUUUUUAAAAAAGAAAGCAAAAAAAUGAGUAAAAAUUAUGGAAUAGUUUUUGUAAAAUUUUCUUUAAAAUCAUAUAAUCACUAUUUUUUUUGCGUUCGCAUAAUUUUUGAAAUAAUACGAGGGAGAUUAAUCAUUAUAUUUUUAAUGUAUUGUAAAAUUUAUAUAUCUUAUCAUAUGAUUGUUAAUUUAUGUUUUCAUAAUUUUAAUAAUACAAGAAAAAGGAGUCAAUGUUUGAUGGAACUGUUGACGUUGAAAUUCCUCUCGAAUUUUUGAUUAUAGAUAACAGUUCACCCCUCAAAACUAUAGCGGAUUUUACUUAUCCGAACUUAUUGGAGAAAAUGAGAAGUUAUUCUUUUUUUCAAGACAGGGCACUACUAGCACCCACGCUCGAAGUUGUAGAAAUGGUAAAUGAAUUUGUCUUAUCUCUCAUUCCCGGAGAUGAAAUGGUGUACUUGAGUUCUGAUUCAUCAUGCCAAGCAGAUUCAGAUGUAGGUGUUGAUGACGACUGGAUAACAGUUGAGUUUUUGAAUGAAAUCUGGAUUGUGUAAUGGUACAAGAUUAAUUAUUGACGAGAUGCGAAAGAAUGUUAUUGGUGCUAUUGUGGUUUCGAGAAAUUGAAUUCAAUUCCUCAUAUAUUAUUCUUUUUACUUUGCCUUUCUUUUCUGUGUUAUUAUAAAUCAUGCAUGAGGUAUAUUUCCUUUAUUCCGGAAAAAAAAUAUUACAUUGAAUAAAUUCAGAAUCGACAAGAUAUUCGUCCGAACCCGUGCGUGGCACGGGUAGGAAUACUAGUAUAAGUAAAGAGUUGUUCUUGUCUCCUUAGAAUAGAUUUCCCAUAUCACAAUAACAAAGUCUCAUGACUUGUAUCUUUUUGUAGAGAUGAUAUUGAAGAUUCCUAAACCUCACCCAGUUGUUGAUGCUCUUUGUGUUAGGUGUGGAUAAUCUAUACUCCACAUGACCUUUGUUCUCUUGACCAAAAAACAGAAACCUUGCGGAGCAUAACUAAUACACUUGAAAAAGAAUUGUAAGAAAAAAAGGGUACCUGGUCAUGAAAUGGAAGACGCUUUCUUCUUUACCAAAUCAAAUCUCUCAGCGUUGAAGGGAACUAUGUAUAAAAUUAAUAAAGCGCAUGUAUAGAACUAAAAUAACAAACGUGUUCACUUUGUUUUGAAAUAGAACAUUAUAAUAAGAAUAAAAUGUUUUAUAGAAAUUUUUAACCACCUUACAUUAUCAGUUACCUCAGAAUGAUUUAUUCAAAUCAUCUAAAAUUAAAUAACAUGAAAAAUGCAUGCAAAAAAUUAAUGAGAUGAUUUAGUCAAGUUGCAAGUUGCUAAUAAACUGUGGUUCCAAAAACUAACAAUUCAUCCAAAGACAAACCAAUACAUAGAAAACACAUUAAAAAGAAAGCAAACUACAAAUUAAAAGCAAAGCAGAGCAAAAUAACUCAAAUAGGGUGUCUAAAAAAAAUAGUAGAAUUAGAGUACCUAUUGUUGAAGUUCAACACAAUCAGCAAGAUCGACAUUGGGCUCAAUCGCCUCUACAACUUUCAUCAACAAAUUACUUUUAUGAUACUAAAAGCAACGCAAUAUAUAUGUCAAGAAAGAAACCCUAACAAUUUGGGCCGGGGAAAAUCAAGCCAAUAAAAAAAUAGUAAUAAAAUUUGUGGAUUAAUGAAAUGAAGGAAAUUCAUACCUAAUUUUGGGAAGGAAUCAGUCAUACGCCGGAUUUUGUCUUCAAAUUGAGAGUAAAUGCCUACGCCAAAUUUAUGUCUUUGUUAAUCGUCGAUCCGAGUGUCCAUGAAUGCAAUUCCGAUCCUGGGAAGGAAAGGUGAUUAAUUUCUCUCCUAAUUUGUGCGAAAUUCCAAAGAAAAUGAAAGAGAUGGUGAAGGAAAGAGCGAUUGAAGAAGAAAAGGGGAUCAGCGAAGAUUGCGAUAAAGAGGAGCGUAGGUC